AGAACGUUUCAGGGAGUCGGUUCGUUCGAACAGGUAAUUUAAAAGAAUCGGCUCGAAAAGAAUCAAAUUCAUUGAAAAGAUCGGACUAGAAAGAAUUGACUAUUUCACAAAUCAAAAUUAGAAAAAUGUCUGCGUGUUUUAUAUAUAAAUUCCUAAGUUAUAUUUAACCGAUUGAUUUUGUAAUUAGACCAUUUAAUGUAAUUAUUAUUUAGACAUUUAAUAGGACCAUUUAAUAAUAGUGCGAAAUAGUUGACGUAAUGAGGCUUUUAUUUUGAAACGAUUAUGUCCUCCAGUCACGCAUGGGAUCUCUUACAGAGAUGGUCUAUCAAACUAAGUUUAUUUAACCUACGCUAUUAGCUAGAAACGAAAAGCAGUCAGUGUUAUAUUUUUUUUGCAUUGAAUAAAAUGCGUGCGAUGUAAUGCUUCCUCUGAAGGAGAAGGUUUGCUCCGCGCGGAGGAAAGAUAAACAGAUCACUGGAUGUAAAUCCACAUCCAGCGUGCUGCACAACAACAGGGCUAAAUAACACACGCACGGCGGUAACGAGACAAACAGCAUGCGCUAAAUGUGCCUUUACUGAACAAACACCACUUACCUUGCUUCGCACGAGAAGGGGAGCAUGGAGCCCGCGAGCCUGGAGAACUUGUGUGUUUUGUACCACAGCGCAAACUACAUAGUUGUCAACAAACACUGGGAUAUUCGUAUUGACAGCAAGAUGUGGUACGAGAAGCAAACUGUCCAGAGUCAGCUGAAGCACCGCUUCCCAGAGCUCGCAGAUCCUGGCACCUACUACGGCUUCAGGUUUUGCCAUCAGCUGGAUUUCUCUACCAGUGGUGCUCUGUGUGUAGCGCUGAACAAGGCAGCAGCAGGACAUGCAUACCGCUGUUUUAAGGACAGACUUGUUACCAAGGCUUAUCUCGCUCUGGUCCGUGGAACUGUGGCCGAGGAAAAACUGACCCUAGACUUUGCGAUCGGCAAGAACACAACAGAGGGCAAGACCCAUAUGAUGUGUACUGAAGGAACAGAAGGUUGUGAGAAUCCCAAGCCCUGCCAGACAGAGCUGACAGUUUUAGAGUAUGGAGAGUAUGAUGGCGAUCCAGUCACGAAAGUGCUUCUGCAGCCUCUGACAGGACGCACGCACCAGCUCCGAGUUCACUGCAGUGCCAUCGGUCACCCCAUAGUGGGAGACUACACUUACAGUCUCCGCACAGACAGUGCUCCGUAUCGCAUGAUGCUGCACGCCUACUUCUUGCACAUCCCUCUAGCGAACGAACCCAUCCACGUCACAGCCCCGGACCCCUUUAUACCCACCCUCGACUCCAAAUGGGCACCGCAGAGAUGCGUGAACGUUCUGGAGGACCUACUGAAGAAUAUUUUGACAAAACCACAAACUGAAAUCCGGGACGAACCGGAGCCAGCGCACAGGAGGAGCAGCCCAGUGGAGAGCGAGGAGCAACAGGCGCAGUGUCAGCAGUGGUUGUGUGAAUGGAAUCUGGACUGAGGAACGUUUACCUUGUUUCACCAGAACCGUACCGAAGCAACACUGCAGCGUCCCCAGCUUUACAGAGUACACUUUUCUUUAAAUGGUAGCGGGUAGCCAGCACUGCUCAAUAACAGUAUAGAGCAAGAACAGAACAGAAGGCAUAAAGGCUGAUCUUUUUAUCAAUUUAAAAGACUGUACGCUUUUAUUAAUUUACAUUACCAUUCAAAAGUUUGGGGUUGAUUAGGGUUUGCAAAGUUUUACUUUUUAAAGAAAGUCAAUUGCUCACCAAGUCCGAUUUUAUACGAUCCAAAAUGCGGUAAAAAUUCUAAUAUUGUGAAAUAUUCGUACAAUUUCAAGGAAUUGUUUUCCUUUUGAAUACAUUUUUAAAAUGCGAUUAAUCACUGAAUACAUAAUACAUUAGGCACUGAAUAAAAUUAAUCAAAUUCA